AUGGAGAUUCAUCGGAGCUGUUGGUAUGGGGUAAAUAAGAAAAACCUCCAAAGAACAGCAGUAUCUCUGAAAAUACUUGCAAGUAUCAACAGAAAACCUGAAAAAUAUGGAAGAGUCAUUGACGGGACGGCAUAUUGUCAAAACUUAAAGCGGGUAACUGAUGUUACUACUGCUGCUACUGAUGGUGCGGAAAGAGAUUUCUCAGAGAUUGCGGAUGAGUUAGCCGAAGAUGAAAGAAGAAAAGAAGAAAUAGUAGAAGGAGAAGAAGGGGAAGAAGAUGAAGAUAGAGGAGCAAAAAUACUGGAACAGACCUUCUUUACAUCUGAUAGUAGUAGCACCUAUGAAGCUGGAAAUGGGAAGAGGUGCAAAUUUGAAAGGAAAUUGAAUUAUAGAAGUUCAGGAGGGUGUUGCAGUAACGUAAAUUGUGAUGCAAAUGAUGAGAAGUUGGCAUUGCCAAGUCCAGCGAUGCUUAACCAAAUGCUCUCUGAAAUUAAGACGCUGGAUCUACUUUUAGAACAUCCUUUACUUCUAGAGGAAGAGUUGUAG